AUGCAAUACACAGCCUACAACAAGAAAGGGUACACUGCUGGAUACUGCAAGGCCUCCAUACAACAGAACAACCAACCCAACAACGCUGGGGAAAGCCAAGCGUGUUAUGGGUGCGGAGAGACUGUCCACUUCAAAAGAAAAUGCCCCAAAGCCAACAAUCGGAAUGCAGGGGGAACGAGUGAAGUCCUAGCAAUAGGACAUGAGGAGGAUGUAAAGGAUCUGAUGGUAGUUACAGGUACGUUCCUCUUCAAGAACAUCUAUGCAUGCAUUUUAUUUGAUAGCGGGACAGAUAGAAAUUUCGUGAGUCAUAAAUGUAAACACUUACUCAGUCUAAAUCCCCAAAAACUGAAUGAAACUUUCAUGGUGGAAAUGGCUAAUGGGAAAAACGAAACAACUAACGAGAUAUUCAUAGGGUGCAUGUUAACAUUAAAUAAUCACUCAUUUCAAAUCAACUUAAUGCCGGUUACUAUUGGAAGCUUUGAUGUGAUCAUCAGCAUGGAUUGGUUGAGCCCCAACUCGAUACUAUGUGUUACGAGAAGGUCGUCCUCCUUCACCUACCUUAACGACGAAACCCUGAUUAUAUAUGGUGAUAAACUCAGUGCAAACCUCCGACUCAUCUCGUGCAUCAAGGCACAAAAGUGCUUGCACAAAAAGAAUCCUGCCUUCGUAGCGCACGUGGUGGAUAAAGAGAAAGAAGAAAGUGACAUUAAGGACAUCCCGAAAGUGCGUGAUUUUCCCGACGUGUUUCCUGAAGACCUUCUGGGAAUACCUCCCAAUCAACAAGUCAAAUUUCGGAUCAACUUGAUACCUAGAGCCACACCAAUUGCCAAAUCGCCAUACAGACUAGCCCCUGCCGAAAUGCAAGAGCUUUUCAGUUAA